AUUAGAAUGUUUAAAAGAUAUUUGGACGGGUACGUGGAUAGGAAAGGUUUUGAGGGAUGUGGGCUGAACACAGGCAAAUGGGACUAAACCAUGUCGAUAACCUAGUUGGCAGGGAUAAGUUGGGUCAAAAGGCCUGUUUCUGUGCUGUAUAAUAUGACUAUAAUGCCGCUGCUCUCUCUUGUCCCCCAAUUCUAUUUUGUACUCAGCACAGAGAAAUGCGGUGGAUGUAGGACACAAAGAUAGCGGUGAGCAGGGAACCAAGUACACGUCUCAGGAAUAUUGAACAAUUUUUUUUCCUCGGAAUUCUCCAAGGAGAAGGAUAUUGAAUUAUGUGAGGUAAAGGAAACUAGUAGAGUAGCUAUGGAUACUAUGAGGUUCAAAGUAAAAGAAGUACUGACACUUUUGAAAAAUAUAAAAGUGGAUAAGUCUCCAGGUCCUGACAGGAUAUUCCCUAGGACAUUGAGGGAAGUUAGUGUAGAAAUAGCCGGGGCUAUGACAGAAAUAUUUCGAAUGUCAUUAGAAACGGGAAUAGUCCCCGAGGAUUGGCGUACUGCGCAUGUUGUUCCAUUGUUUAAAAGGGGUUCUAAGAGUAAACCUAGCAAUUAUAGACCUGUUAGUUUGACUUCAGUGAUGGGCAAAUUAUUGGAAAAGAUACUUAGAGAUAAUAUAUAUAAGCAUCUAGAUAAACAGGGUCUGAUUAGGAACAGUCAACAUGGAUUUGUGCCUGGAAGGUCAUGUUUGACUAAUCUUCUUGAAUUUUUUGAAGAGGUUACUAGGGAAAUUGACGAGGGUAAAGCAGUGGAUGUUGUCUAUAUGGACUUUAGUAAGGCCUUUGACAAGGUUCCUCAUGGAAGGUUGGUUAAGAAGGUUCAACUGUUGGGUAUUAAUGCAGGAAUAGCAAGAUGGAUUCAACAGUGGCUGGGAGAAGCCAGAGGGUAAUGGUGGAUGGCUGUUUAUCGGGUUGGAGGCAGGUGACUAGUGGGGUGCCUCAGGGAUCUGUGUUGGGUCCUUUGUUGUUUGUCAUGUACAUCAAUGAUCUGGAUGAAGGUGUGGUAAAUUGGAUUAGUAAGUAUGCAGAUGAUACCAAGAUAGGGGGUGUUGUGGAUAAUGAAGAGGAUUUCCAAAGUCUACAGAGUGAUUUAGGCCAUUUGGAAAAAUGGGCUGAAAGAUGGCAGAUGGAGUUUAAUGCUGAUAAAUGUGAGGUGCUACACCUUGGCAGGACAAAUCAAAAUAGGACGUACAUGGUAAAUGGUAGGGAAUUGAAGAAUACAGUUGAACAGAGGGAUCUGGGCAUAACCGUGCAUAGUUCCUUGAAGGUGGAAUCUCAUAUAGAUAGGGUGGUAAAGAAAGCUUUUGGUAUGCUAGCCUUUAUAAAUCAGAGCAUUGAGUAUAGAAGCUGGGAUGUAAUGUUAAAAUUGUACAAGGCAUUGGUGAGACCAAAUCUGGAGUAUGGUGUACAAUUUUGGUCGCCCAAUUAUAGGAAGGAUGUCAACAAAAUCGAGAGAGUACAGAGGAGAUUUACUAGAAUGUUGCCUGGGUUUCAACAACUAAGUUACAGAGAUAGGUUGAAUAAGUUAGGUCUUUAUUCUCUGGAGCGCAGAAGGUUAAGGGGGGACUUGAUAGAGGUCUUUAAAAUGAUGAGAGGGAUAGACAGAGUUGAUGUGGACAAGCUUUUCCCUUUGAGAAUAGCGACGAUUCAAACAAGAGGACAUGACUUCAGAAUUAUGGGACAGAAGUUUAGGGGUAAUAUGAGGGGGAACUUCUUUACUCAGAGAGUGGUAGCGGUGUGGAAUGAGCUUCCAGUGGAAGUGGUGGAGGCAGGUUCAUUGGUAUCAUUUAAAAAUAAAUUGGAUAGGCAUAUGGAUGAGAAGGGAAUGGAGGGUUAUGGUAUGAGUGCAGGCAGGUGGGACUAAGGGGAAAAAAAAUUGUUCGGCACGGACUUGUAGGGCCGAGAUGGCCUGUUUCCAUGCUGUAAUUGUUAUAUGGUUAUAUGGAAUGGGCCCAACACAAAAUAUCUCCUGUCUGCCCCUUCCCCAGAUGCUGCCUGAGUUCCUCCAGAACUUUGUGUUUUGUUCAUGUGUUAGCCAUGGUGUCAGGUGAAGUGCUCACCACGAGAAGAUGCUUCCAUUGAUGAAUCUUUAAAAUACCGACCGUAUUCCUCCUUACUCUCCCCAUGUUGUGCCCCGUGAGCAUUAGAAUGUGUCGAACCACAAAUUAUGCUCAAACUAGUGUGCGGAUUUGUCAGCCAUCAUUUAUUUACCCAUGGAUUCUGAGAGCUCUCUGGUAAAUAUUUGAAGUUACUCAUUAACUGAGACUUUCUGCCGUUUGAUUGUGUUUGGUAUUUUAAAUGCAGAGAGCUACCUAAAAAUUGUGUGAUGAAAAGUAUUGCAUCUGGAAUUUUGUGGACAAAAUAUAUUUGAAGUGAAGUGAGGGUGGAAACCUGUACAUUUGGAGUGAAGAAUCCUCAGGUGAGGGUUUGAAUAUCGUGACUACACAAUGGUGAAGGCUUGUUGUUGCUUGACAUUUCUCAUGGUUAUUUUUAUGGAGGUAUCCAGCUACUCAGUAUUUUUACCAGAAAGAGAAGCCACUGAAGUCUUGAAAAUUAGGAAACGGGCUAAUAAAUACUUUGAAGAAUUCAAGGUUGGAAAUUUAGAAAGAGAGUGUAAUGAAGAAAAUUGUGACUUUGAGGAGGUAAAAGAGAUCUUCCCGACAACAGAUGAGGCUUUAAUAUUUUGGAAUCAAUAUGUUGAUGGUGACCAGUGUAAGGAUAAUCCAUGCGCCAACAAUGGAACCUGCCAGGAUUUGGUUGGGGGCUAUAGAUGUCAUUGUCCUGAAGAAUUAGAUGGGCCACAAUGUCAAUAUGAGCUGGUGGCAACAAACUGCACAGAUCACUAUGGUCACUGUGCACAUUACUGUCGGGAACUUCCAGAGAUCAAUAGGCGAGAAUGCUCAUGUGUGAAUGACUACAUACUGAGUGACAACGGGCACUCCUGCACACCUACUGAAAAUUAUACUUGUGGACUAAUCAAAAAUGACGGACAAGAUCCUCGGAUCGUAGGAGGGAGUAUUAUGAAGAAAGGAAGUAGCCCUUGGCAGGUUCUCCUGAUGGAUGCAAGUGGGUACUUCAUAUGUGGAGGAGUUCUCAUUAAUCGAUUUUGGAUAUUGACAGCUGCUCAUUGCGUUGACAAAGGAAAUCGAUUUAGAGUCAUUCUUGGUAAGCAUAACAGAACGGUCUUCGAAGAUUCGGAGGAUCAUAUCGUCAUAAAUCACGUGCGCAUCCAUCCUCACUUCCUUCGUAGCACCAUGGAUAAUGACAUUGCUCUCCUUAAAUUAUCCCAGGCUGCAAUCUUCUCUAACCACAUCCUACCAGUUUGCUUGCCCUUCCAAAUGAUGGCAGAGGAAAGACUACUUAUUCCAAACACCAAAGUGUCGGUCACAGGUUGGGGAGCUAUGGAUGAAAAUGAUGACAGAAUCCGCCCUAGUACUCUAUUAUUCAUCAAUGUCAUGUUGGUUUCCCAUGACAAGUGCAAGGAGAAACUAGGAGAUCAACUUACAGGCAAUAUGAUCUGUGCAGGAGACCCGAGUUUCAAAAAAGAUGCUUGUAAAGGUGAUAGCGGAGGGCCGAUGGUAGUUGCAACCAAUGGAACAAGGUUUCUGGUGGGACUGGUCAGCUGGGGAGAAGGAUGUGGCCGUUUCCAACGAUUUGGAGUUUACACAAAAGUAUCCAAUUACCUAGACUGGAUAGAAAACGUAAUUGAAAACUAAUUACUUUCAGGUCUACUCUACUUAGAUUGAUGGAUUUGAAAGUCAAAGAGAUUUUUCUAAUCUCUAUCCAAUUCACCUGCAAUUGUAAUAAAUAAUAUUCGACAAAUAUUUCAAGCUUUUAAUAUUUCAAGUGAGGUGUGAAAUAUUGUGAAUUAAUCAGUGAAGAAUAAAUGUGAUCAAUAAUCAAUUAAGGCUCGAGCAUAAUGACUAAUGUCACUAGUUUGGAAAGAAUAGUAACUUAUCCUUACCGAAUAAAUAAGUGAACAGUU